AUGCAGACCCGAAAUAGAUACCACCAAAUAUGUGGUUUUGUCACAGCGACAUAUGCCGACGAUGUCCUCCUCACGCUCACCAACCCUGCUAGUUUUAUACCGAAAAUAGUGACGCUGAUUGACCCAUAUGCAGAACUCUCAAGAUAUAAAAUAAACCUUAGUCGGAGCUACUGCCGGUCACAUACAAACCCCAACAGAUACAGAACCUAUUGA